AUGCCCAGCAACAAGUCCGCGGCGUGCGUCACGUGCUCGGUGCGGACCAAUCCGAGGGCCCGUCGGGAAGCAGGCACACAGAGAGGGAGGCCCACAGCUGCGUGGGAAGAGGGGUGGUCUGAAGGACGUGGGAUCCCGGGAAGGAGGCUGGUUUGCAGGUCGGCGCAUAGAUAUUUUCGCAGAAAGGGACAGAGAUGGCCAAGUUGGACGGUCUGGAAAGCAGAGACCAGCGGGGCUGACUGCUUGGGAGCACCAAGUCUCGGGACAGUGCCACUCGGGUCUGAGAAGAGAACAGCUACCUGUUUCAGCACCGGGGCUCAGGACAGCUCCCAGCGGGCUCCGUUUCGGGGCCAGAACCCUGGACAGCUCCUCCAGCUUGGAAUGCACUUCCCCCACCUCCACCCAGAGACCCCUGCAACGGAGCCUGCCUUCUUCUGCAAGCUCCAUUUCAUCAAGGGAAACCAUCCUGAUUGCCUCACCAUUUCCCAUGUGAAGUCUGUACUGACAUUCUCAGAGACCUGGGAUAUUGUGUCUCCAGCACAUAGUCCAAUUAUUUUCAAGUUAUCUAGUGACGGGUCUAUUUGUCUCCCUGUUACCCUGUGAGCUCCAUGAGAGCAGAAACAAUGUUUGUAUUUUCACGGCUACAUCCCCAGUGCCUGGUCCAGUGCCCAGCACACCGCGGGCAUACCACAAGCAUGUGUUGAAUCAAUAAAGCCACCAAAGAAUAAACCAAUACAUCAAUC